AUGUCGGUGGCAGCAGUUGGAAGUGAAACGGCAUUUCAAGCCCGUUCUCUUUACCGUUCACUGCUAAGACAGUCCAAGCAAUUUGCCGCUUACAACUUUCGAGAAUAUGCGAAGCGGAGAGCAAUCGAUGCCUUUCAUGAACACCGUGCUGAGACCGAUCCGAGACGGGUGCAGGAGCUGAUUCAAAAGGGACUGAAGGAUCUGCAAGUUUUGAAGAGACAAACCAUUAUUAGUCAGUUCUUUCAGCUUGAUCGCUUGGUGGUGGAAGGACAGAAGACGGGAAAGCAGACAGGCAGUGAAGGUGGUAUUGUUCGCCAGAAGGAUACUGGGUAA